UGACAAGCCUUCUCAAAUUUCAGAGAAGAUAAUAUAAACAACUGAGAGCAAGAAUGCUUUUCUCAACUUUCACUUUCUUAUCUUUUUUCAUUAUUGCAGUAGUGUUUGACAGUUCUGCUAACUGCAUACACUGCGACAAGUUCGUUGAAGGUUUUCCUGCAAAACUUAAAGAACUUCGAAAAACUUUUUCCAGGAUAAAGAAUUAUUAUGAAGCCAAUGACAACACAGACACUGCACUACUAGAUGACACAAUUCUUCAAGACUUUAAAAGUCCCUCCGGGUGCCACGCAAUGAACGACAUCCUUCGGUUUUACCUGGACACGGUCCUGCCGACGGCGGCCACGAAAGCGCCCCGGUUACAUACGCCUGACAUCAGCAUCAUCUCGGGCAUCUUCAGCGGCCUGAAGAAAGACGUAAUCGCCUGCAAAAAAUACUUUUCCUGCAAGAAACCCUUUUCCCUUGAAAUCAUCACGUCUACAUACAAAAACAUGAAUGUUGAUGGACUCUACAAAGCCAUGGGGGAAUUGGACUUGCUCUUUAAUUACAUUGAGGAGUAUCUGGUUUCAAAAAGGAGCAGAAAAUGACAGCCUGCUACAAGACUGGCAUCCUGGACCAGAACAAAGCUUCAUAUUAAAGAAUUAUCACACUACCUAAAACCUUAAACAUUUUUAGCUUUGUGUGGCCUGGUCUGCCAGGAUAUAUAUGGAAAAGCAAAGUUCGAUUCGAACUGACUUAAAUCAAAUGUGUUUUGCAUUUGCACUAUUUGUUGGGUAUUUCUAUUUAUUUCUUAUAUUUCCGGUGUGUUUUAAUUUCUAAACUCCUAUUAAUGGAGAUUUAUGCUAUUUUGU